GUGGUCGAAGAAGAAGAAGAAAGAGAAAGUCUCUUAGCGACCAUGACCGCCACCGAAGCUAAGAAUCGCAAAAUCAAUGUCGGAGAUGGAAAUGAUGUUGUUGAUAUCGAAAUCCCUGACACUGCUCAUCAAAUUAGCAGCGAUUCAUGGUUUCAGGUGGCGUUCGUUUUGACCACCGGUAUAAACAGCGCGUAUGUGUUGGGAUAUUCAGGAACAAUCAUGGUUCCUUUAGGUUGGAUUGGUGGUGUGGUUGGUCUUAUUCUUGCUACUGCAAUCUCUCUUUAUGCAAACACUCUCAUAGCUAAGCUUCAUGAGUUUGGUGGCAGAAGACACAUUCGCUAUAGAGACCUCGCUGGAUUCAUUUACGGUAGAAAGGCUUAUCAUCUUACAUGGGGAUUGCAAUAUGUCAAUCUUUUCAUGAUUAAUUGUGGAUUCAUCAUCCUAGCUGGUUCUGCCUUGAAGGCUGUUUAUGUGCUUUUCAGGGAUGAUCAUACCAUGAAACUACCUCAUUUUAUUGCCAUUGCUGGUUUGAUUUGUGCGAUUUUCGCUAUUGGGAUUCCUCAUUUAUCUGCUCUUGGGGUCUGGCUUGCAGUUUCGACCUUCCUCAGUCUCAUCUAUAUCGUUGUGGCAAUUGUGCUAUCGGUUAGAGAUGGCGUAAAAACACCUUCAAGAGAUUACGAGAUACAAGGAUCAUCAUUAAGCAAACUUUUUACCAUCACAGGAGCAGCCGCUAAUCUGGUUUUCGCAUUUAACACCGGGAUGCUUCCAGAAAUUCAGGCAACAGUGAGGCAACCCGUUGUUAAAAACAUGAUGAAGGCUCUAUACUUUCAAUUCACAGCGGGUGUUCUACCGAUGUACGCAGUUACAUUCAUCGGAUAUUGGGCAUACGGAUCCUCAACCUCGACCUAUCUACUAAACAGCGUCAAUGGCCCACUCUGGGUCAAAGCCCUUGCUAACAUCUCCGCUAUCCUUCAAUCCGUUAUCUCUUUACACAUAUUUGCGAGUCCAACAUAUGAGUACAUGGACACAAAGUUUGGGAUCAAAGGAAACCCAUUUGCGAUAAAGAACUUGUUGUUUAGGAUCAUGGCGAGAGGAGGGUACAUAGCGGUUAGCACGCUUAUCUCAGCGCUAUUGCCGUUCCUCGGUGAUUUCAUGAGCCUCACUGGUGCAGUGAGCACAUUUCCUCUCACAUUCAUUCUAGCCAACCACAUGUACUAUAAGGCAAAGAGCAAUAAGCUAAAUCCUAUGCAAAAGCUAUGGCAUUGGCUUAACGUUGUCUUCUUCAGUUUGAUGUCGGUUGCUGCAGCCAUUGCAGCUGUCAGACUCAUCGCCGUUGAUUCAAAAAACUUCCAUGUUUUUGCAGAUUUGUAAUUCAUUAUAUAUAUAGUCAAUUGUAUUUUUAUUCUUAGGCAGGUUUAUAUCUCCUACCAUAAGCUUGUAUUCUCUCUCUCUCUUUGUCUUACCAUUAGAGCCUAAAUAAAUAAAUAAAGUUUUA